CCUGGACUCAAGCGAUCCACCUGCUCGGCCUCCCAAAGUGUGGGAUUACAGACGCGAGCCACUGUACCCAGCCCACCUUUGAUCUUUUACCCUGGCUAUGAGGCCAGGAUGUCCCAGAACGGGGUUACUUCUUUUGGGCUGGGUCCUGGAAUGAUGUAUAUUCCACCCACACUGGGGGCGCCAGGGUAUAGGACAGCAAACAUUUUGAACCAGCAGAGCCAUCUCACAGAGAGCUUCUGGGAAGAGGGAAGGCGAACUCUAAUUCGAAUUCCCACCCUGCUCCUGAUCUGUUGUAUGACCAGGCCAGUUACUGCCUCCUCAUAAAUCCUUCGUUUCCUCAUCUGGACAAAGGGGAGACUCUGCUUAGCUGGAGAGGAAAGCAUCUUGCAAAAUGAGAGAAGUUUGGGAAGCUCCAGCUAGUAGGAAGGUAGGCCUGCAUGUCCCAGGCACUGUGGUUAGUCCAUGUCAUAUAAUCCUCCCAGCAACCCUAGGAGGUAGAGAAGAUUAUGCUGCCCAGUUUCCAGAAGGGAAAAAACCAAGGUGUCAAGAUUCCAUAGCCAGAAUGUCAGCCUUAGAAUUGGGCAGCUUGGCUCUAGAAUUGAUGAACUUUCAAUCCAGGAGAACAAGAAGUCUGGGAUUGAUGGCCUGAUGGGAAUUCAGCUCCUUCACCUUCAUCUAGCCAUCCAUCAGUCCUUCCUUCCUUCCUUCCCUUCUCUUUCCUUCCAUCCCCUUGUCUCUCCAGGCAUCUAUUUGUUCCAGGCACCGAGUGGUCGGAUGGUUGAAGAUCUAUCUGGGAAUUACGGAAACAUGUUAGAUUGGUAUGGCAUUACUUGGGCAGCAGCAUAAUGUAAGGGAGAGAGGGAUGUCAGGGGACCUUGGCUGGGUGUCCGCUCGAUGUCCACAUCCCCUCUGCCUGCCCCCUCUUAGGAAUGUGGCUCUCCUGGCCAGGCAGUCACCAGUACUCUGUGCAUCAUUUCCCAGACUUCCCAGAUCACAAAAGCUGCCCAGGGACUGUGGUAAAUAUACAGAUUCCCAGGCCCAAUUCCAAACCAACAGACCCAGAAUUGCCCAGCAUGGAUCCUGGGAAAGCAUAUUUUUAAUAAGCACCGCAGAUGAUUUUUCUAACUGGGCCAGUUUGGGAAAUAGGGUAGAUAAGAAGAGCAGAGACUGGAAUCUGGAAAACAGGAUUCAAGUCCUGCAGCAACCCUUGUUACGUGAACCUUGGUUUCCUGUAAAAUGGGGACGGGACCUCCAGGGGGUCAACCUGCCACCCAGAGGGCAGUAAAUGAAGCCCCUGAAAAGGCCCCUUCCCUUCACUUGCCCGUCACCACCAUCCCCAAGGCUCACCCGUCUCCCUCCUCUCGCUCUCUCUAGCCUGACCGGGCGGGAGGUCCUGACGCCCUUCCCAGGACUGGGCACUGCAGCGGCCCCGGCACAGGGCGGGGCCCACCUGAAGCAGUGCGACCUGCUGAAGCUGUCCCGGCGGCAGAAGCAGCUCUGCCGGAGGGAGCCUGGCCUGGCUGAGACCCUGCGGGAUGCUGCGCACCUCGGCCUGCUUGAGUGCCAGUUCCAGUUCCGGCAUGAGCGCUGGAACUGUAGCCUGGAGGGCAGGACGGGCCUGCUCAAGAGAGGCUUCAAAGAGACAGCUUUCCUGUAUGCGGUGUCCUCUGCCGCCCUAACCCACACCCUGGCCCGGGCCUGCAGCGCUGGGCGCAUGGAGCGCUGCACCUGUGAUGACUCUCCGGGGCUGGAGAGCCGGCAGGCCUGGCAGUGGGGCGUGUGUGGUGACAACCUCAAGUACAGCACCAAGUUUCUGAGCAACUUCCUGGGGUCCAAGAGAGGAAACAAGGACCUGCGGGCACGGGCAGAUGCCCACAACACCCAUGUGGGCAUCAAGGCUGUGAAGAGUGGCCUCAGGACGACGUGUAAGUGCCACGGCGUGUCAGGCUCCUGUGCCGUGCGCACCUGCUGGAAGCAGCUCUCCCCGUUCCGUGAGACGGGCCAGGUGCUGAAACUGCGCUAUGACUCGGCUGUCAAGGUGUCCAGUGCCACCAAUGAGGCCUUGGGCCGCCUAGAGCUGUGGGCCCCUUCCAGGCAGGGCAGCCCCACCAAAGGCCUGGCCCCAAGGUCUGGGGACCUGGUCUACAUGGAGGACUCGCCCAGCUUCUGCCGGCCCAGCAAGUACUCGCCUGGCACGGCAGGUAGGGUGUGCUCCCGGGAGGCCAGCUGCAGCAGCCUGUGCUGCGGGCGGGGCUAUGACACCCAGAGCCGCCUGGUGGCCUUCUCCUGCCACUGCCAGGUGCAGUGGUGCUGCUACGUGGAGUGCCAGCAAUGUGUGCAGGAGGAGCUUGUGUACACCUGCAAGCACUAGGCCUACUGCCCAGCAAGCCAGUCUGGCACUGCCAGGACCUCCCGUGGCACCCUUCCAGCUGCCCAGCCGGCCUGCUGGGCAGGCAGUCAUCACAUACGUGCAUAAACCGGCAUGUGUGCCAAUGCACACAAGUGUGCCGCUCACCACCAUUCCUUGGCCAGCCUUUUGCCUCCCUUGAUACUCAACAAAGAGAAGCAAAGCCUCAUCCCUGAACCCAAGCAUCUCCAACCUUGUUGAGGACUUGGAGAGGAGGGCAGAGUGAGAAAGAUGUGGAGGGAAAUAAGGGAGACCAAGAGUACACCAGGACUGAAGUUUUGGAGGGGAGAGAGGGGCUAUUCCAUCUUGCUUCCUGGGAUGAAUGGCUUGGAGCCAGCAUGUUCUUGGAAGGUGAACUGCUGGGCUGGGAAUGCCAAGGCAGGCAGUGCCAGCUGGAAGUGAAGGUGGGAUCCUGGCUGGGAUGGGCCAGUUGGGUCCUGUGGCCCCGCUCAGGUGCAGUGAGCUCCAGGUGUCACACACCUCCACCACUCCCCUGGUUUUGCUGUGCCAGAGAUGGGGAGAAAGCCCAAGCAGUAGAAGCCAUCCAUUCAGAGAAAGGAGAGCUUUCUGCGCUUGAGUGAACCCAGGUGAGAUCUGUGCCCUGGAGCCCUGUGUCCUUGUUUUGGCUUUUCAAAUAUGCCUCGCCUGAGGCCUUAUUCUUGUCUUGAGAGCUGGGUUCUGCACACUCACCCAGAUGUGCUCAAAAUGACCACCAGUGCAGGUAAGGCAGGUGGGAGAAUCAGUCACCAAGGCGGGACUCAGUGACCUGAGGUUGAACAGGGAGACAGUGGCCCCUCCCUGUGUUCCUUCCUGGUCAAAGGAAUCUUUACUCCCAACCCAGAGGAGGAGGGCGACAGCUUCCUGGUGCCUGGCAGUGACGUGGCAAGCUCAGUUUCUCAGCUGGCUCUUGAGACAGCUUUGGUGACUUCCUGUGGCUGGGGCCUGCCUGGUCUGUGAUGCCCCCAUACCAGCUGAGUUCACAAUACUGAAGACCAGCAGGCUCAGGAGCUAUGACUUGAAGUUACAUUUCUAUUCUUGCGGCUGCUCAUCUAAUUAAGGCUUUUGCCCUGGCUGGGGUUAUAGGUGCUUGAGUCCUUGCUAAGCCUGGCUCCUGGGUAGCCUCCUUCAGUGCCUAAUGGCCUCUCACUUGGCCCUCACUUUGGCUCUUACUUGAGGAGACGUGACUUUGAUCAUUUCCUCAGAUCCUGUGGACAUUUUCAGCAACACCUGCCAAGGCCCUCUGUGAGAGGAGGAGAGACUGGCACCUCUGCACAGGCACACAUGGAUGCACAGCCCCUGAACCAAACUGGGGGUUCCUGUUGCACACGCCUCUCUGGUUCAGGAUGAAGACCUUGCAGGGGUCACCUUGCUGGAGGCAUUGUACUUCCCCAGAGUGGGGCCCGAUGCCAGCCAGGAGGAAGUGACUUCUUUCGGGAAGCCCUUGGCCACUUUGCUGGCCCUGCCACGCCCCUCUGUCAGCUUCCUUUCUCCCUAAACCUAGAAUUGCUGACCCUUCACUGACACAGGAAACUUCAGAAUCAGCUGAAUGCUCAGAAACCUCUCCUGUGCCAGCUCCAGGACAAAGGCCCACUCCCUGGGCCCCGGCCGACUCCCUGAGACCUCCAAGGGCGAGGAGGAGCUGCCCAGUCUCCAGUGGAUCAGGGCAGUCUGGUGGAUGCUGGAAGGAUUUUCGACUGCAGAGGCUCAGCCGAGAAGCCAAACUGACCUGCGCCCCUCUCGUUAAAAUGACGUUGCUGACCCAAGCACCUGGCCCACACCUUGGCAGACGGAAAACGGGGAGAGGGCUGGUUCUCUUGUUUCUUCCGCUUUCCCACAGCAUGGAGAGACUUUCUCUGCCUUCCCAAUCCAUCUUGCUCCUCUGAAACCCCAACUCUGCCUCCACCCAGGCUCGGUGCUGGGCAUAAGGCAGCAGGGACCUCACUGGCAGAACAGGGGGCCUGGGAGCAACUUGGGGGCCAGAGCACCCUGAUCCACCAACACGCCACCCACAUUCUGACUUUAUGACUGGCAGUGCCAGGGUUGCGGGAGGGCAAAGGGCAGGCUCUAAGGCAUCUAGGCAGUGGCUGGCUGCUGACAUGGACACCCCAAGUCAAUGGCACAGUGCAGGUUCUGAGGGCUCCUUGGCUUGUGGGGUCUUCUCUGUCUGUCUCUCUCCCUCUCUUCUCCUUCCUUGCUCUCAUCCCUUUCUUUUCCAGUUACCCCUAAAGACCCACCUCUGCCCUCUUGGGGCCCCUGGGGACUAGAGUGACCACUGACCCCUCAUUCUACAGCUUUAAGGGAAAUGCUCACAGGGUAUUUUUGUCUACCUCAAAUAUAUAGUUUUUAGAGCAAAGGAGAAUAAUUUAUGUAGCUAAGAUAUAUGAGAAAGUAUUUAUAUUAUUUAUAUAGUUGCUAUAUUUCAUGGACAGCACAGGUGGGGUUUGUGUGUUUUCCCAGAAACCCUCUGGGGAGAUACAGCCUGAUCUGACCGGGUCCCCCACUGAGCAGGAGGCCAGGUGGCCGGGAAGGAGGUCGAGCCUGUAUCCCAUGACUGGGUCUGUCUCAGAGCUGGUGAGCACAUGUCCCCUCUGUGACCAGCCCUGGUGGGCUCCAUCCAGACCCUCCUUGUGAUGUUUUUAUAGAUUUUCUGCUCUUCUGGGUCCAGGCCCCCUUCUUCUGCUCUGGCAAAAGUGUCUUGCUCAUAAUAAUAAUGACAACUAGAAUGCCCACACCUGGCAUUUGUAAAGCACUUUGCUGUUCAGAAACAAAAACUUUUACCCCUUUCAUCUCACUUGAUUUCUCCGUUAUCUCUGUGAGGUAGGUGGGGCCACAUUACCGUGGCCAUUUUGUAGAUGAGGCCCGGAGACGGAGAGCUGUGCUCAAAGUCACAAUGAAGAGACUUGUUCAGUGAAUAUUUAUGGAACAUCUCCAUAGACCAGGCGCUGUGGGCUGACUUCUCUGAGCCCAGGAGUCCCAAAGCCUGGAUACCCCUGUGAGUCCAAGAACUCAGGAAAGCAGUUCCUUCCCGGGCUGUGAUCCCGGCCUUUUGGAUCUGGAUGGCAUGUUGGCACUUCCUCCAAGUGGAGUCCCAUGUCUCAGGGGCUGAGGCUGCCUGAGAAGGCUGGAGAGACCAGAACCCCACGGAGGCCACUCCAAGGGGUCCUUCUGCCCACAUCGCCC